AUGGGAGCAGCAUUAAGAUCAAUGUAUGUGAACAGCAAGUAUGAAGAAGUCCGAGAAGAAUGGGAGGAAGAUUACAGCCCUCAGAGGUUUUCUUACAAAGCUCUCUACAAAGCCACCAAAGGAUUCAAAGAGAGUGAGCUGCUCGGAACAGAGGCAAACGGUACAGUCUACAAAGGAAAGCUCUCUUCUAAUGCACAUAUUGCUGUAAAGAGAGUUUCUUUGGAUGCAGAACAAGAUACCAAGCACCUGGUUUCUCAGAUUGUUGGUGUUGGAAAGUUAAGGCACAAGAACCUUGUGCAGCUCUUAGGAUACUGCAGAAGAAAAGGUGAACUACUCUUGGUCUAUGACUAUAUGCCUUAUGGAAACCUAGACGAUUUCUUGUUUAACGACGAAAGGCCUAACCUUAGUUGGUCCCAAAGGUUUCACAUCAUCAAAGGAGUGGCUUCAGCUCUUCUAUAUUUGCAUGAACAAAUCGUUCUCCACCGAGAUGUUAAAGCCGCAAAUGUACUCUUGGAUGAGGAUUUAAACGGGCGGUUAGAUUUUGGUCUAGCUAGAUUAGGCACAAACAGGAAUCCAAUGCUUGGAAGCGUAGGUUAUGUGGCUCCAGAGCUAAUCAUAACAGGAAUGCCAACAACCAAAGCAGAUGUUUAUUCAUUCGGAGCAUUACUACUAGAGUUUGCAUGUGGAAGAAUGUUUAUAGAGUAUCCCGGGAAGCCUGAAGAGUUUAACUUGAUCAGCUGGGUGUGUCAAUGCUGUAAAAGAGGGAACUUGGUUGGUGCCCGCGAUGCUAGACUGGAAGGAGAUUACGUCUACAAGGAGAUAGAGCUGGUACUGAAGCUUGGACUACUCUGCGCACAAUACAAUCCAGAGGACAGGCCUAGUAUGUCCCAAGUGGUAAACUAUCUUGAAGGAAAUGAUGUUUUGCCUGAGAUGCCUCCAGACACACCCGGGAUCAGUAUUCCAACACCGUACAAUGAAGUUCUUGCGUAGCACCACUUCUUCUAGUGCCAGGAAAGAACAGAACAGAACAGAACAGUCCACUUCUCUCAAGAACCUUCAAAAAUACGCACAACCAAGAAACAACAUCAUUGGAAGAACGGUAUAGUUUCGGCCGCAACUUCUUUUUACAGUUUUUCCAACUUUUAUAUGUCCACUAUGUAUACAUUGAAAGAUAAAAUACGUCCC